AUGGCUACUGCAGCGCUCCCCGAGAGCUCUCUGCUUUCUUUGCUCUAUCGUUCCUACCCCACUGCCAUCUCGCCUGAUGCUACAGAACUCGACCUCGCUCAAGCGACGCCUAAGAUCUUUUCUCACUACAUCUACACUGAUGCAGAGACAGCAGCUAUCAAACAAUGGCUUACCACGAUACACGGUCUGACCACCGCUUCCACGAAGGGAGAUACGAACGCCAUUGAAGCCAUUUUGAAGGAGAUCAACACACACUUGGCUACACAGACGACAUUACUGGGCGUCAAACCUUCCGUUGCUGAUAUCGCAGCCUACGCUGUGCUUGCUCCCUUAGUUGAGAAGUGGGAUAUUGAACAACGCACUGGCGAGAAGGGUUAUCACUACAUCGUGCGACAUGUGGAUUUCGUGCAGAACGGAUCUCUCUUUGCGCUCAGAAUUCCAGACGAAGAGAAGGUCGUCAUCGACCUCGACAACGUCCGUUUCUUCCCCAAGGCAGCCGACCCCAAGGAAGAGAAGGAGCGAAAGAAGAAGGAAAAGGCUGAGGCUGAGGCGGCAGCCAAGGAGUCAACGGUGGUGACUGGAUUGACCAAGGAACGUGUGCAAGAAGCCCCCGCAACUACAACAGAGGAGACCCCCGCCGCAAAGCGCGAGAGAGAAAAGAAGGAGAAGAAAGAGAAGAAAGAGAAACAAGCUAAACAGCCCAAAGCACCUCCCGCCCCCGCAGCUCCUCCAUCGCCAUCCCUCAUUGACCUCCGUGUCGGCCAUAUUCUCCGUGCCAUCAACCAUCCUAAUGCCGAUUCGCUGUAUGUGUCGACCAUUGACUGCGGCGACGCUCCGGAUAGCGAUAAUACCUCUGUCGAUGAGGCUACAGGAAAGACCGUCCGAACAGUUUGCUCUGGUUUGAACGGCCUUGUACCAUUGGAGGAAAUGCAGGGUCGUAAGGUCGUUGUCGUCUGCAACUUGAAGCCCGUCACUAUGCGUGGCAUCAAGUCCGCCGCCAUGGUGCUCGCCGCAUCCCCCAAGGUUGCCGAAGGCGAAGAUUCACAUGCCGGCCCCGUCGAGUUGGUCAACCCACCUGCAGAUGCUCCUGCUGGUGACCGCGUGUUCUUUGAGGGCUGGAGCGCUGGUGAGCCAGAGAAGCAGCUCAACCCUAAGAAGAAGAUCUGGGAGACCUUCCAGCCUGGAUUUACUACUACAGACAACAUGGAAGUUGGAUUUGAUAGCACGCAAGUUCCAUCUCUAUCGAGCGCAGAGACAGCUGCUACUACCGCUACGUUUGGAAAACUUGUUGCCAAGUCUGGGGGUGUAUGCACUGUGAAGAGUCUCAAGGGAGCCACCGUCCGAUAA